CCCCACUUCAGUAUAAAGACUCGAUUCUACAUUCAUUAUGCGUGGUCAGGAGAUCACGCCGCUCAAAGCAUGCCGGCCAUGCUCCAAGGCUAAGGUGCGAUGCGACCCUGGGCCAAACCAAGCCUGUCAGCGAUGCCACCGACUAAGGAAAGAAUGCAUUAAACAAGCUCCUGGAGCUCAUAGCUCGGAUAGAUCGAGAACUUCGGCAGAUGUGAGACGGCUGGAAAGAAAACUAGACAACAUGGAAACACUAUUGAUGGUCUCCCAGCGGCCUACCAAUGGCAGCAUCUCCAACUCGGGAUACUUGUCACCGGAAGGUCAGGUGCCUCGGACUUGUUUUCCGAGCGAGUCGGUGACUUUGAGCGAGUCGGAGCAAGAGGACACAAUCUCCUACUUCCACCAGCGCAUGGCGAUUCGGUUCCCGUUUGUUACGUGUCCUCCCUCUAUGUCAGCUGGUGAUCUGCUUCUUCAAAGACCAUUUCUUCAUAUGGUGAUUUCCAUGGUUGGUUGCCAGGACCAAGAGGCACAGCUGUUCAUCGCGGGUAAAGUCAAGGAUUACCUAGUUGAACACCUGGUAGUGAACGGAGAGUCAAGCCUGGAUCUCUUUCAGGGGUUUCUCCUAUAUCUCGCGUGGACUCAUAUUUACGUCCCUACAACGGAGCAACUGUGCAACUAUCUCCAUCUUCUGGUGGCCCAGAGCAGAAAUCUAAGUCUGGCAAGAGAUGUUUCGAGUGGACCGCCUAUGACGGUAUCAUCUUAUAUGAAGUGCAAGCAGUUCGAGCGAUCGAGCGGACCUCUCCGUUCCCUGGAUGAACGCAAAGCUUAUCUGGGAUGCUUUUACCUUGUUACCAUGCUCUCGAUGUGUUUAGGCGAGUCCGAACCCAUGCAGUGGACGAGCUACAUGGAAGAGAGCUAUCAAGUCCUCGAAGCUGCAGCGCAAGGAGAAUCCGACUGGUACCUGUUACGUCUGGUCGAUGUCGCACGCAUGGUGGACAAAAUCUACCGCACGGUUCAUAUGGAUGUCUCGAGUGGCUUCUCCUGCGCUUCCCGGGGAAUCGCCAUUCGCUGGCUGCAAAAGGAGCUGGAACAGUUGAAACUAAAGCUUACGUUCAGUGAUCCUAUACAGUCCUCUUUUCUCCUCUUGCAUUACCACAACCUUGAGAUCUUCGUCAACCGCACCGCUCUCCGUCGUGAUUCAGAUUUCAAAUCAAGCACGUACCCGCCCACCCAGCUUACCACUCUACACGAAUGUCUUCAGUCCGUCAAGGCCUUCUUUGACACCUUUUUUGCCAUCCCCUCCGCCGCCUUCUUUCGUAUGCCCUAUCUCUUUUGGUGCCAACUGGGCCACGGCUUUCUGAUCCUCUCCCAGAUCUCGGUGUAUGAUGAUGAAGAUGACGAGGAUAGGAAGGGACUUUGGGAUCGCGAGUACGCACGCCAGGUCAUUGACUUCCAGACUACAGUCGAUCGACUCACGCAGAAGGUUGAAGAUGCGGUGACGGCGGCCCGCGAGGAAGGCAUCCUAAUUCCGAGCGUGUUUGGAAAGGUAGCGUCCCGCAUUGACAUGUGGAGGGAAGUGCACGCGAGACAGGAGGAGACGCUACAGAACAGGCAGAGAGGGAGAAGCAACAUAUCAACUACGACGACAAGCACACCGCCAGAGGAUGGUAUGUUGGUAGAUCUAUUAGAAAUGGAAGAGUUGAUGCCUGGGAUGGGAUUGGAGGAUUUGUUGAAAAUCGGCCCUAUGUGGGAGUUUCUGCCUUUCUAGGGAGGUUUCCUAUGCUAUGUUCCAGGUCACUUACUCUUUUAUGACCCCAUGACCACCCAACAGUAUACAGCCAACGUCCUAGAACUCAGCUUCUCAUCGACUGGUACGCCUACAGCUUCAGCUAUGGAACAAAAAUAUAGGGUGCAUGAGUCACAUCAGCUCAAGCCAGGGGCAAAAGGACCUAUGUCAGCUUCAGCAUGGCUUUGAUGGUUAA